UUUAUCUCUUUAUUCUAACAUGGUAUCAGAGCCCUCCUCUGGGCGACAGCAGCAUCGCCAUGUGUUAGCCAAGCGGCCACAGUAACACGCUGCCUCAAGCGGAGUCAUUGAAGAAGCACCAAGACACGGAUUCAGAGCCGGUGCUAACAAGCAUCAUCUUGGCUCUGCUCAUCCACUCCUUUAUCGCCGGUCUUGCUUUUCUUCGCUCCCUCUCCUAUUUGCUGCCUACAGUAGACACUCUCCGUCGCCGUCACGUAAGGAGGAAAACAUUCUCUCACUGCCUCCUCAAUAGCAGUGAACGGCAAACAGCGGUGUCUUCCUCGCUUCCCGGCCAGUAGCAGUCGUAACUGCUGCAUCUUCCUCUACCGCAGCAGCUUUCGCUGCCGCUUCCCUCUACACAACGGCGCCUCCUCAACGGCGGUGUCUUCCUCCUCAAUAGCGACGAACGGCGGUGUCUUUCUCGCUCAGUCUUCCUUGCUUAACGACGGCUACCACGUCUUCCUCCUUCGCUGCCGCAGCCACUUCCCGGCCAGCAGCAGCCGUAACCGCUGCAUCUUCCUUCCUCUACCGCAGCAGCUUUCGUUGUCGCUUUCCUCUAUACAGAUUUCGUUGUCGCUUUCCUCUAUACAGAUUUCGUUGUCGCUUUCCUCUACUGCAGCAGCUUUCGUUGUCGCUGCAUCUUCCUUCCUCUUUAUUCUAAUUGCUGCAGAUUUCUCUCACUGCAGUUUUCUUGAGUACUGCUGCAGAUUUUCGCGGCCAUUUCCCGGCGAACCGCAGUCUUGAGUACCGCUGCAGUUUUCGCGGCCAUCUUCCGACGAACUGCAGCAUCUACAAUCUGCUGCAGCAAGCAGCAAUCCACAGCAGCGAACCGUAGUCUUGAGUACCGUUGCAGGUUUCACGGCCAUCUCCCGGCGAACUGCAGUCCCUACAAUCUGCAGCAGCAAACAGUAAUCCACAGCAGUUGCCAGCAGCUUUUGGCACUGUUAUAGAUUGCCCAAUCUGCUACAGCAAGCAAGCAAUCUAUAGCAGCAGCCCCCUCCCUCAUUCUCCACCUUGUGUGACCUGAGUAUCACACAAGGUUCGCUGCCUUUCCUUCAAAAAAAAAAAAAAAAAAAAGGGAAAAGAAAAAUGUCUUCGUUCACUUCUUCUGAUGUUUCAGUUCCUCUAGGGACUCCCACUUCUUGUUCUUGGCUUAUCUCCAUCAAUGCUGCCAUGCUUUAAGUUAUUAAAGGGUGGCAACUAUGCGUCCUGGCGAGCUUAACCACCCUGGCAAAUCAUUCGCGUACUCGCAAGCUCAGUCUUCUAUCCAAGCUUAUGGUGACGAAACAAGAGGGAAGUACUAUCUCUGAUUAUCUACAACUUAUCAAGGUUAUCAUCGAUGACUUGGCCUUGAUAGGUCAUUCUCUAUGUGACUAAGAGGUUGUCAUUCAUACCCUCAAUGGUCUCGACACCGACUACAAGGAAUUGGCUGCUGCAAUUCGGGCACGCGACUCGCCAAUUUCUUUUGAAGAUCUCUAUGAUAAACUGACUGACUAUGAGAUGUACUUGAAGCGUGCGGACAAACUGCUUGGAUCAAUUGUCACAGCUCAAGUCAGUCACAAGUCCAAACGGAAGAGCACUCGGUACUCGCCGAACAUCACCCAAGGUUCGUCCCUGCCUCCCUGCUCCGUCACACUGGCCACAGGCAAAUCUCCUAACUACUCCGACACCUAGCCAGUCCAACUGGAUUGUCGACUCUGGUGCCUCUCAUCACAUCACCGCUGAUCUUCAGAAUUUGUCUCUUCACAAUUCCUAUGGCGGCAAUGAAGAUAUCAUCAUCGGUGAUGGUAAAGGACUUCCUAUAACUCAUACUGGUUCCACAACGCUUAAUUCUGACUCUAAUACAUUUACCCUCGAUGAUGUUUUAUGCGCCCCUCAUAUUAAAUGCAACCUCAUUUUUGUUUCUCAAUUUUGCAAGCAUAACAAUACUUCCAUUGAAUUAUUUCCUGAUUCAUUUCUUGUUAAGGACUUGAGCACGGGGGCAUCAUUGGUUCAAGGCCUGAAUAAAGAUAACAUUUACGAAUGGCCGUCAGCCUCUCGAAUGACCCAGCCACUGUUCAUUCUUCUGUUGUGGCUCCAGUUGAUGUGUGGCAUCGUCGGCUUGGUCAUCCCUCAACCUUUAUUCAGCAGAAAUUAUUAUCUCGUCACUCUCUUCCUCUUUUUAAGUCCCCUAAUUCUAUGAUGCAUUGUGAUGCUUGUCUUAGUAAUAAGAGUCAUCGGCAGCCUUUUGCUUCCUCUUCAAUUUCCUCAUCUAAACCUUUUGAAAUUAUAUAUACUGAUGUUUGGGGUCUUGCUCCAAUCUUGUCUUUUGAUAAGUUCUGAUUUUAUGUUAUUUUUGUAGAUCACUUCUCUAAGUACACAUGGAUAUAUCCUCUUUACCUCCUUCUCGCCCAAGUGCCCCUGACGUGUCUCCACUUGACCCGGCUUGUGCCACAGAUCCUCACCCAACAUCACCUCCCAAUCCUGUCAUCUCUAAUCAUCCUAUGACCACUCGCUCUAAGCAUGGUAUUUUUAAACCUCGUCAAGUACUUAACCUACAAGCUGUCAUGAAUUUCUCAUCCCUCAACGUUGAACCCACCACCUUCACUCAAACCCAAAAAUUUCUGCAUUGGCGUACUGCCAUGAGUGAGGAAUAUAAUGCCCUCCUCCAUAAUUCAACAUGGGAUCUAAUUCCUUUCCAUCCUUCACAAAACAUCAUCGGGUCUUUAGAAUUAAGCGGAACCCAGAUUGCUCUGUUGCCCGAUAUAAGGCACGCUUGGUCGCCAAAGGGUUCCAUCAACGGCCUGGAGUUGAUUUCACUGAGAUGUUUAGUCCUGUUGUUAAACCCACUACAAUCCGGCUUAUCUUGAGUCUGGCUACCACUAAAGGCUGGCAAUUACGACAAUUGGAUGUUAAUAAUGCCUUUCUACAGGGAUCUCUAUCCGAAGAUGUUUUUAUGCAGCAACCCCCCGGUUUUACUCAUCCUCAGUAUCCACAGCAUGUUUGCAAACUUCAGAAAGCCAUUUAUGGACUUCGUCAGGCUCCGAGAGCUUGGUACACUCAACUUAGCUCAUUUUUGACUUAUGUCGGCUUUCUAAACUCUAAAUCUGACACUUCAUUGUUUCUGCGACAUCAUCAUGGAGACACAAUGUAUAUUCUGGUAUAUGUGGAUGAUAUUAUUGUCACAGGCAACAAUCCCGUCAGCAUCCAAGUAUUCAUCAAACAGUUGGCAGCUCGAUUCUCGCUUAAGGAUCUCGGACCCUUGAGCUACUUUCUGGGCAUCGAAGCUACCUUCACAUCUUCCGGUCUCCUUUUAUCACAACGCAAGUACAUUCAAGAUUUGUUAUUAAAGACAAACAUGCAGGAUGCAAAUGCAGUUAUAACCCCCAUCUCUACUAGUGGUUCUCUCAAAUUAUCAGAUGGAAGUCCUGCUACGGAACCCACUCAAUACCGCCAUGUUGUUGGCUCUUUACAAUACUUAGCUCUCACGCGUCCAGACAUCUCAUUUGCUGUGAAUAAAUUAUCACAGUUUAUGCAGCAACCAUCUACUCUACACUGGAGAUUUCCCUAACUGUUUGAGGAAAUCAUUUUCCCUAACUGUUUGAGGAAAUCUCUCUACUCUGUUGAGGAAAAUCCUCUAACCCGUUGAGGAAAAUUCUUCCUUCUAACCUGUAUAUAGAUGGAGGAUAUGUCAAUAAACCAUCAACUUCUUAUACAACUUAUUUAUCUCUUUAUUCUAACACAUACACCAUCCCCCACCUUGGCUGCAUCACCUUAUAAGCAAGGAAACAUGGAGAAAGAAAGAGACCAGAAAAAUCGACGAGGGUUGCAACCGAAGAAGAGCCAGACAGAGCAGGUUUCUCUCAAAGGAGAGCCUACACCGUGAGCAUGUCAUCGGGAUUCCUGUGAGCUCCGUCGCAUAUGCUGGAGCGGAGGAACUGCCAGGAAAUCCUGCUCCUUCCCACUGCAAACAGAAGAAGGACUCUGUUGUCGACUGGAUGAACAAGCUCGGAGAGAAGGCAGGAGGCUUCCGCGAACAUGUGAUUUUGGGUCCCAAGAUCUCUGAAACCAUGAAGGGGAAGCUGAGCAUGGGAGCUCGGAUUGUUCAAGCAGGUGGGGUCGAGAGGGUCUUCAGACAAGCCUUCUCCAUCGUGCCAGGCGAAAAGUUGCUCAAAGCCUUCCAGUGCUAUCUUUCAACCACAGCUGGUCCCAUACCGGGCAUGCUUUUCAUUUCCACUGACAAGAUCGCCUUCCGCAGCGAUCGAUCCCUCAAAUUAACUUCUCCUAAAGGAGGCUUGGUUAGAGUGCCUUACAAGGUUUUGAUUCCACUCGGUAGGAUAAAGGAAGCCAUCCAGAGUGAGAACACUACCAAGCCAAACCAGAAGUACAUCCAGAUACUCACAGAGGAUGAUUUCGAGUUCUGGUUUAUGGGUUUUGUCAACUGUGAGAGAUCCUUCAGGUACUUGCAGCAGGCAAUCUCAGCAGUCCAAUGAGCAAGAUGAGUAGUACAUGGAGUCAAGAGAAGGCAUCAAUACAAUAUCUUGUUGUGACAGAUAGCAAAAUUGCUCUACAAUUUUUCUUAGGAGCAAAGUUUGAUAUUUGUGGCUGAAAAGAGGAUUUGUUAAUGUUAUCUCUUUAUUCUCUCUUAAUGUAUAAUACUAUCAUACAAAAGCAGCAACCAUCUUGGAAUAUGAAGUUAUAAUUGCUAAUGAGUUGAUGGUGAUGCACAGUUUGAAAA